AUGACUGUGCUACCCGAGAAAAGACUACGUGGUAUCGAGGCCCAGGGACACUUCACGUGGGACGUCGCCUUGGGACCGCCGGUUGUCACCGCCAGCCUUCUGAUCGGAGGUGGUCUGCACCUUGCAUGUGAUCGAGUUGUGCGGAAGUUAGUCAAGGGCAUAGACAUGCCAGCGUCCAGAGCUGAGGAAGAGGCGAUGGCAAACAUGUCAAAGGCAGUGAAAAGGCGUGUCUCGGAGCUUUCUGAGGUCCAUUUGCGUGCCGUGCAGGUCGCAGAGAACGGCGGUCAAACGAAGGUCAUGAACGACAGGGAGAUCCUCAGCAACUUGGAGCGGUGCUAUGGGUGGAGUCCGCGUGACAUGGGUGCUGGAGGCAACUGCCUCUUCCUCUCCAUGGCUCUACAAGUGCGAGCCGAGGAUGUGAAGGACGUCGCGUCUAGGUCUGCUACAUGGGAAGCAGCGUUGGGUGACAACCUAGUGGACCGAUGGGAGGACAUGGGCCCUCGAGAAAGAGCUUCGCUGCUCCGUCGGAUGGCCAUUCUGGAUGAGAGCGAAUUCAUUGCAGAGUUGGCGGCUGCGCGUGCACGUGGCGAGCCACUGUCCGCGGAUGUGGAGUGGCGGACCAGGGAGCUGUUCACGGACAUGGCAGAGGAGUUCAUCUCAAGCAACAAGACCGAGCUUGCAGCGGACAUACCGGGGUGGAAUCGCGAGGCACUUUAUACGCGUGUCCGAGAAGUUGUCUCGACCUUCUCACUCGACCAGAUCUGUGACUAUGUCCUGCUGCAUGCAGACGAGUACUUGCAGACCACGGGCCGUGAGGGCAACUGGGCCGGCAGUUCUGAGAUGGCGGCUCUCUCCAGCGUCUUGCAGAGACCAGUCCAAGCAUACGGAAAUAAUUGGGCAUCGGCCCCAGAAAAACGUGACGACAGGGCGACUGGACAGUUCUUUUUGCAGAAGCUUGCAACUGUGUUUUUCCAUGGAACGGAGACAGAGAUCUUCUUGCUGAGCGAGCUUCCUGCUAGCAUGGACGUUCAUGGCAAGUCGCGGAGCUGCCCGGGUGGAUACGGCGAGAGCGCCGCAGCGAUGCUCGUGGCCCGCGGUUCUCGCACUGCUGUGUGCCGCAAGUGCUGGACACUUCGAAGGGCAAGAAAAGGCAUCCAUCUCGGGCUCUCCUUGGAGGGUGGCAGCCAGCUGGUCGGGAGUUGGCCAUCAUGGCCUGCUGCAGAGUUGCAGCACAGCGCGGGAAUGGACAGCAUGUUUGGCAUUGCUCUACGAGGUGAGGUUGCAGAGGCUCGAAGCCAGUCUGGUCCAGAGCAACAUCGCCCUCAAUGCCUUGGGGAUCGAAAGUCCAACUUCUACCUGGCCUGUGGCACUGUUAGAGAGGUAGGCGAGUUCUCACCCUGCAUGCAAACCCAGGGCAUCGUGUCUUUCAACAGCAUGGCAAGCGCGUCAGAAAGACAAUGUCAUUGGGAGGGAGUCUUCUCGAUUCUCGAACUGGCUGAGCUGGACCCUUUCUCUCGGAGUGGCAUGGCCAAUGCGCUGCGACGUGCUGGUCGCUGGGUUGGGAGCCUGUCGCUGCUGCAGCAGGCUGCACGACGUGGCGUCCGGCAGCACUUGAUCACGAUCAGCUCAGCGAUCACUGCUACCGAAAAAUCUGGAAUCUGGCAGCAAGCACUUUGGACAUGGAUCCAGAUGCGGAUUAGCGGCAUCAGAUCUGACAUUGUGUCUCUGUGCGCAGUAAUCAGUGCAUGCAGCCACCAGUGGGCGACGGCGCUUCUUUGCAGGCAACAUGGAGCUGCUUCUGUGGUUGCCUGCAACGCCGCCCUCAGCGCUUGCGAACGUGCUUCAUGCUGGGAGAGGGCAUCAUCAGUGCUGUUUGGAGCCCCGACGUUGCGAAUCCAGCCGACGACUAUCUCUCACAACGCUCUUCUGGCUGCAUGCGAGAAAGUUCAACGUUGGAAAAUGUCCAUGGGCAUUCUUGUUUUACUGCAGCACCGGCGCAUCCGCGCCACCUUGGUUUCGUUGAAUUCCUUCAUUUUUAGUUGCGAGCGGUCUCAGCGCUGGGACUGGGCCCUGCAGAUGCUGGGGGCGGUGCAGCGGAGCACCUGCCAGCAAGAUCUCAUCGGCUACAACUCGGCGAUCAGUGCCCAGGAGAAGAGCGGAUCCUGGAAUUGGGCAUGCUGGCUGUUUGCCAGCAUGUCUUCCAAAAGAUGGGCGCCGGACGUCAUCUCUUUCGGCGCCGCUGUAAGUGCAACAGAUCUUGCAGGCCGUCCGGAGCUCGGAGAACAGUUUCAGCUCGAGUGA